AUGUCCUCUCUACUGCAGGAUAAACUAUAUGAAGUUCACAUGCAGGCACCUCCACCUAGCAAAGACUUUCAUCACUUGACAGUUACAAAAAAUGAGGUUAUCUGGAAAUCGUGGAGAAUCUCUUUUCGACCCAAUCAAGAAAGGAAUUGCCCAAGAGAAGUGAAGAAACUCCAUAAAGAUUUUGUCAUGGUUGACCAAUUGCACAAGCAACUACAAAGCAUCUUUGGAAAGAAAAUAUUAGAUUAUGUUCUCAACUUGUGUCAAGGACAUUAUGAUUUCCUUGUUCGAAUGCCUGAGAAUUUGAUCAUACACAUCUUGUCAUUCCUCAGUGUGGAGGAUAUUGGACAAUUGUCAAAAACAUGUAAAAAGUUUCGCCAGUUGUGCAACAAGGAAGAUUUUUGGGAAAGAAUAAAACGAUUGCAAGAUAAAUACAGUCUUGAUGCAAGAACAGUCAAGUUUCCACCUCAUCAGAGGUCAAUGAAUUUCAGCCGAAGACCAGGCUACCUGACACAGAUGCAGAGAAGACAGACUACGUUUUUUUAA